AUGGCAUUUGAUGCUUUUGGUAUUCCAACUAUGAACACAAUGCCUGUAGAUAAUCCUUCCUCUCCGACUAAUGGCUCUAAUGAAUAUCAAUUUAGCGGAGUGAAUUCCACCAGAGACCAUCUAUUCAAACCAUCUAUAUCUCCACCUAUAUCUCCUCAGACUGCUGUCGUCCCAUCGAAUACAUCCCACUUACAACUCAAAGAGGAUUUCAGUUUAAUGAAAAUGAGUAAUUUUAACGAAAAGGAGUUCAACAUCUCUAAACAAUCAUUUCGUGUUUGGCGUUGGGCUACAUUAUGCUUUAUCAUGAAUCAUAUAACAAGAGUUGUAGCGCAUGAACAUCAUAAUGCAGUGACCUAUCAAUGUAUAGCUAUAUGUUUCGGUCCUGUUUUCUUUGGAAACUCAUCAAAACUUCCAAAAUUAAAUGAGGUUCUUGAACAUUUAUUUCGACAUUGGAAAUGGCUUAUUGACAGUUUACCAAUGAUUACAAAGAAUCCUAUCACAAAUAUCGAUUUCAGUACAAUAAAUGAACCAACUUUAAUGGAUGCUAUUACUUAUUUAACUGCUACUGACAAGUCUAAUCAACAAAAGAAACCAAUUCUUCGAGAUCAUAAUAAUAAUCAUAUUCAAAGAUUAGAUUCAAUACAUGAACCAAUAAAUAAUGAUACAUUAUUGUCUUCAUCUUCUAUUUUUUCUUCGGCACGACGUAAAUCUACCGAUGUUACUCUUAGUCAACAAUCUUCUAUAUCAUCAUCUGAACAAGAACAACAACUCACUGUUGAUUAUGACUUGACUGUUAAGAAGUUUGACAAUGAAGAUGAAUUGAAUAAAGAAGUUAUUGAACAAGUUCGCUCCUUGUGGUUAAAAGCUUUGGAUAAGAUGAAUAAUCAGUCACAUAGAAACUUACAAAUGAAAGAAAAAUCCUCUAACCCGAAGAAAACAACAAAUCAUUCUAAUAAUAAUACUACUACUACUGUUACACUUCAUCGUACAGCAUCAGCAAUUCCGAAAAAAUCAAUUGAACGUAAUAGACAAAAAGGUGUUAGACGAUUAACUGUUGGUGUUGCCAAUUCAUUGCCUCAUUCAUCAUCAACAACUUUAGAUUAUUAUUGCAUUUCACCACCAUCAUCACAACUUUUACAUACAAAAAAUAAAGAGGACACAUUAUUAACACAAUUGAAUAAUGUUAAAAAUAUUUCUAAUUUAUCAUCAUCAUCAUCAUCACCACCACCAUCAUCAUCAUUAUCAACUUCCCCUCCUUCUACUACACGGUGUGAUUUAAUGAUUGUCCGACGACCUGUCAUUCCUGUGACAACUUCUCAUUCAACUACAACUAUUUCAUAGGAAGAAAUUAGUAAAUGGUGUUAUUCUCUACGAAAAUUGACUUCCUUGCAAUCGUUAUUUGUUACUGUGUGUGUGUGUGCCUUGUCAUCCUGUCUUUUCGUUCUGCUUUUUUUCCUGAAUGUUUAUUUAAGAAUCACAUUCAGUUUGAUUUUGUAUUUUGUUUUUUUGGAAUACGUUUAAGCCAAAUAUUAUUAUUAUUAUUAUCAGUUAACCCCCCUCCUAUACCAUCGUUCUACAUACACUUCUCUUCUUCCCCCAUCCAUAUAAUUUGUAAGGUGUUCAAAUACAAGUAAGAGGGAAUAAAAGAAGAACAAUACCCGGUUGUGUGUUUAUGACGAUAUACAUCUUGGUACUAUUUUCUGUGUAUAAAGUUUUUAUUCAAUCGAAUUUUAUCCAAUUCCAUUAUCUUGUGUAUUCAACAUUCAUUUGUAUGUUUACUAAUACACAAUUGUAUUAUUGUUGCUUUGAGUAAAAUCAAUUUUAUCUCUCUCUCUCUCUAUUAUUAUUAUUAUUAUUAUUGUUGAGGCGAAUAAGAUUAUCUUCACAAUGAUUUAUUAUUAUUCAACUAAUAAAGUACAGAUGAGUUUUCUUUUUCGUCCGGCUUCAUUCAUAAAUUGACAUUUUGGAUCAUUCAAGUUAUUUUAGAAAAAGAAGAUAAAACUACACUGAUUAAUCACAGAAGUUCUUUUUGUUUGAUAAUUUUUUUUUCUUCUUUCAUUUUCAUUAAAUACGCACAAAUAUGUAAUUAAUUCAACAAAUUUCUUCUGUGAACUUCAAUUCAGAUUGACUUGGUUCCCUGCCUCAAUUAACGAUUGUUACUGUUGUUGUUGUUGUUUUUGUUCUUGUUGUUGUCUACCUCGAAUUAUUUUCAAUUCUCCUAUUAUUACUAUUAUCAGUUUGUAAAAAUAAAAACAUAAACUUAUCCAUGGGUAAAAAUUAAAAAAAAAAGUUUCUCUUCAGUA